CGUCAGCGGCCCCUACGCGCAGGCGCAUAGCUCUUUCUGGGCAGCAUGGCGGAGACUGUGCCGCCUCAACCCAAGAGAAAGCGCGAACAAGAUGGGGAGGAUGUGGAAGCCCCCAGCACGGAGGAAAAGAAAGCAAGUGUUGGAAAUGGUACUUCUACCCCCGUCUGCUUACCGUUCUCUGGCUUCAGAGUGCAAAAAGUGCUGAGGGAGUCUGCGCGGGACAAAAUCAUUUUCCUACACGGGAAGGUGAAUGAGGACUCUGGGGGUGGGAAUGGAGAGGAUGCAGUUGUGAUCCUGGAGAAGACACCGUUUCAGGUGGAGCAGGUGGCCCAGCUCCUGACCGGCAGCCCUGAGCUCCAGCUGCAGCUCUCCAAUGACAUCUACAGCACCUAUCACCUCUUCCCUCCAAGGCAGCUGAGUGAGGUAAAGACGACUGUAGUAUACCCCGCCACAGAGAAGCACCUGCAGAAAUACCUGCACCAGGACCUCCACCUGAUCCGGGAGACGGGUGAGGACUACAGGAAGGUUACCUUGCCCUACUUGGAGUCCCAGAGCCUCAGCAUUCAGUGGGUGUACAACAUUCUUGACAAGAAAGCCGAAGCCGACCGGAUUGUGUAUGAGAACCCGGAUCCCUCUGAUGGCUUUGUCCUCAUCCCUGAUCUCAAGUGGAACCAACAGCAGCUGGACGACCUGUACUUGAUCGCCAUCUGCCAUCGCCGGGGAAUCCGGUCACUUCGGGACCUCACGCCAGAACACCUGCCACUGCUCAGGAAUAUCCUCCGGGAGGGGCAGGAAGCCAUCCUGCAGCGCUACCAGACCCCAGGAGACCGCCUCCGGGUGUACCUGCACUACCUGCCCUCCUACUACCACCUGCACGUGCACUUCACCGCGCUGGGCUUCGAGGCCCCUGGCUCGGGCGUGGAGCGAGCCCACCUGCUGGCCGAGGUCAUCGAGAACCUGGAGUGUGACCCCGAGCACUACCAGCGGCGCACACUCACCUUCGCCCUCAGGGCUGAGGACCCGCUGCGCAGGCUCCUGCAGGAGGCCCAGCGGCCCUGAGUGCACAGCUGCACAGCUCUGGGGCAGUGGGGCCAGGUUUUAUCUUUAAGGUAGUUUUUUUUCUUUUCCCAGAUAUUUGUAAGUGAUUUACUGAAAAACACAGAAGAGAUACAUUCUAGGAUGUCUUUAUCUGAAAUGUACUUUUUGGAAAAUUUAUAAAGAAAUAUUGACAUCAAA